AGAUAGCUUACAAGGUCCGCAUGAGAAACGACUUUUAAACCAUUUAUUAGCGACAUAUAAUACGCUAGAGCGUCCUGUUGCGAAUGAAUCCGAAGCCCUGGAGGUAAAAUUUGGGUUGACUCUACAGCAAAUAAUAGAUGUGGACGAGAAGAAUCAACUCCUUAUUACCAAUAUUUGGCUUUCUUUGCGCCGAUGAGGGUUUCGAUGGUACAUACCAUACAAAUAUCGUGGUGAAAAAUAAUGGUAGCUGCUUGUACGUACCUCCAGGGAUUUUCAAAAGCACCUGUAAAAUAGACAUAACCUGGUUCCCUUUCGACGAUCAACACUGUGAAAUGAAAUUCGGCAGCUGGACGUAUGAUGGAAAUCAGCUCGAUCUGGUGCUCAAUUCCGAGGAUGGCGGAGAUCUAUCAGAUUUUAUUACCAAUGGUGAAUGGUAUUUGAUAGGAAUGCCGGGGAAAAAAAAUACUAUAACAUAUCAAUGCUGUCCCGAACCGUACGUUGAUAUAACGUUUACCAUACAGAUUCGAAGAAGAACGUUAUAUUAUUUUUUCAACUUGAUUGUGCCAUGUGUCUUAAUUUCAUCGAUGGCUCUGCUAGGUUUUACACUUCCACCGGACUCUGGGGAAAAAUUAACUUUAGGCGUAACUAUACUACUAUCAUUAACUGUAUUCCUGAACUUAGUGGCGGAGACAUUACCUCAAGUAUCCGAUGCAAUUCCUUUGUUAGGAACGUAUUUCAAUUGCAUUAUGUUCAUGGUUGCCUCAUCGGUGGUGCUGACCGUGGUGGUGUUAAACUAUCAUCACAGAACAGCCGACAUUCAUGAAAUGCCUCCAUGGAUAAAAUCAGUUUUCCUUCAAUGGCUGCCUUGGAUUUUACGAAUGGGAAGACCUGGUAAAAAAAUUACUCGAAAAACGAUUUUUUUAUCAAACAGAAUGAAAGAGCUCGAGCUAAAGGAACGGUCGUCUAAAUCCUUAUUAGCGAAUGUAUUAGAUAUUGAGGAUGAUUUUAGGCAUACGAGCAGUGGAAUUACUGGCUCAACUACGGCGAUUAAUACAUCUGGCUUUUCUAGGCCAAUUACCGUAGAAGAACCACACUCUAUAUCGGGGUGCUCUCAUAAAGAUUUGCAUUAUAUACUGAAAGAACUACAGUUCAUAACGAAUCGCAUGAGGAAAGCAGACGAAGAAGCAGAACUAAUCAGUGAUUGGAAAUUUGCCGCAAUGGUUGUUGACAGAUUCUGCCUUUUUGUAUUCACGUUAUUUACGAUUAUUGCUACAGUCACUGUGUUACUAUCGGCUCCACAUAUAAUAGUGCAAUAAUAACGAAUUCGAUUUUUAUAUAAACACUUGUUAUAUAGGUGAUCUAUUGAAAUUUAUAAGAUUUUUAAAAAACAAAACGCGUGUAAAUCAAGUUAGAAGUUAAUUAGAUUAUUAAAUAGAUUUUAAAAACAAAUGAUCAGUUUAAAACUGCCGACAAAUAAUAAUGAACUACAAAAUCUAAACAUCACGAAUAAACAUCGGAUGAAAAUUCAUAGAUAAAAAACGAUGAGAGAUAAAUAUUUUUCUAAACAGCAAAUUCGACGAGAUAUCUUUUAAGCAUAUAUCCUCGACUAUACUCAAGUAACUGUUCCUGCAAUCAUUACCUAAGCACUGUAAACUCUAAUGAAUUGCCUAUACAUGAGAGUAAUGUGAGGAUAUCUAUAUUGCACCUGCAACUAUACUAUAAGUCCAUUAAUGUUCAAUGCAUUCCAUAAAAAUUCACCUAAGAUGUAAAAGAUUUGACCUUUUAUUCGGUGCAACAAUAAAAUUAGCAUACAAAUUUCGCGACAGGAAAUAAGCACUAUAAAUUGUGAUGAUAGAGUUGGACAGUUUGAUUUCAGUUAAUAAGAAUGCAUGAAAAAAAUUUCAUAAUACUAGAUUAGAAAUAAUAAAGUAUACAAAGUAAUAUUCAAUACUGCAUUGAAAGAGUCAUCUAUAUGUAGAUGGUGAAAAUUACAUCUGGUUUAAUGACAACCGAUAAAGCGUAUAUAUUUCAGAUAUACAAAAAGCGUAGUAGAAUUGCAAUCAAAUAAUUGAAUUGAUAUUUUUGAUAAAAAUACCAAAGAAAGACCUGAAAUACAGUCUUAGUGUUUUAGGGGCGUUGAUAUAUAAAAAAUAUUUUUUAAUACAUGCAUACAAAUAUUUAGUAAAAGCUACUGUAAAAAGUAAUAACGUAAUCAGUUUUAUUUAGAUAACAUUACCACUUGUAAAAAGGACUUACGUGUAAAGGUAUUCACAUUAACUAUUUGAUUUAUUGUGUUCGAAGUUUCAUUAUAUAUUUACUUCAAAAAUACAUAUUAUUUUAUAUCGCUUUUGGUUUGAAUUAUCUUGCCCGGCAGUUAUGAUAUAUCUUGUACUACGGAUUCUUUUAUUAGGCGAACAGAUCGAACAAAAGAUCGUAAGCAUUUUGAAAUUAUACAAUCCCAACCCAUCCAAUCUGAAAUCGAGAUAAAUCUAGAUAUACAGAAUCGUUUUGUUUGGUUUUAAGAAAUGUGUCAUAUUGAAAAACAGUAGAUAAAAAACAAUAAUGACAUUGUUUAACAAUCUUAUAGGUCAGCAAUAAAGCAACACAGAGCAUUAUUGAAACACCAUAUUUUUAAUAUUUGCUUGAUGAUUUUACAUUCAGAGAUUUAUCGUUUUUAAAAAACUUCGCCUCAUUUAUGCACUGCCAAUAUUAUAAAGAUAAUAAUAAAAGAAACAUCGCUAAGAGAUCAGUAGGUAUUUCUCAUUUCUUAUUCUGGUUGAAUCUCGUUGGAAUACAAAGCUAUGCUGUAAUGCUGUUCAAAAUGACUAAACAAACAGAAAACAAAAACACAUCAAGACUCACGUGUACACAUCACAUAUACGUAUGUAAACACAUCACACUUACGCAUACGAGCACAUCACAAAUACAUAUGCGAGCUCAUCACAUAUAUCCAUGUAAACACAUCACAUAUACCUAUGUUAUAUGCAUAUAUAAACGUUAUGCAUGUAAAAGUGUAUGUAUGUUGCAAAUUUAUGUAUGUUGUUCAUAGGAAUGUAUAUAGGUAGAAAUAUAAGUGUGUAGAAAUUUAUGUACAUAAUAACGGGUGACAACUAAAAUUUUGGAUAAGACUUUCUUAUUCACUACCCUAUAUGUUAGCUCUCUCUCUCCUCUUUAUGUUUGUAAUUUUUGUUUUGAUUAUGUACGCUCAAUUCUGUUUAAAAUGGCAUCGAAACAAGGUACUGGUAUCAUCCGAACGAUGAUUUAGUCUGUGCUAGCAGCAUAAUUGAUUUAAAUGUUCUAUUCAAAUCAUUAUCAUCCAAUUUGCAGCAAAUUAUUGAAAAUUCUCCAUUCGGCUUUUCGUAUAAUUAAGCCAUGUGUGGUUCGGCCUUUUGUGAUUUGGCCGUUUGUAGAACGCUUUUGCAUAGGCAUCACGAAAAUGUUCCGUCGAAAAACCCGAUACGCUCCUUUCUAAAAGGUUUCUUAAUUUUUAUCGUUGAUAAUGAAUGUAUCUUCAUGAGAAAUACACCGGUAUUACUUCAAAUACAUCCACCUUUUUUGACAGCAAUGAAAAAUCCAAAAUAUUUGUUGUCAUCCGUUAGAAAUGACUGUAUGUAGAAAUGAAUGAAAGUAGAAAUGUAUGUAUGUAGAAAUGUGCGUAUGUAGAAAAGAAUAAGAGUAUUUUUUUUAACAUGUUAAAAAAUGUGAGUUAAAAUGUAUGUAUGUAAAAAUUAAUGUAAGUAGAAAUGUUUAUAAGGAGAAAUGUAUGUAAAUAUGAAUGUAUGCACAUAUUAAAGUGGGGCGUCGUUAAAAGUAGAAAUAAAACUUGAUAGCACAAAGCCAGAAUAAAGUUUUUUGUACUGUUCGGGGCCCCAAACAAUCCUAAAUUUAUCGGAAGUCGAUUGGUUUUGUCUUCGCUUGGUGCAAUGCAUUUCGAAUUUGUAUGGGAAAACCUGCUUUUGUAUCUUCCAUUCUAGAGGGCUCAAAAUGUUUUAAAUUAUAUGUUUCACUUCACAUUGUUUUUUGACUCUCAGCAACUUUGCCGAAGACACCAAAGGGUAAAGAUGCCCAUAAAUAACGUUAUAGCUGUUCAAAGUUGAGUACGUCGUAUUUAAUGCUAAAAAUCAUUCUUUCUGCCAAUACUACCAGUGUACCGGCCAUCAGGAGCUAUGUUUGCUUGAUCCACCGAAGUGUAUGAACUCAAUAUGACAGGCUACUUCUGAUUUAAUUCGACAUACUCAACUUUAACCAGCUAUAGCUUUUUUAAAAGACAUUAUAGGUCCUUAGCAAAGUUGUUAAGCAUUUAAAACUAUACUCUAACAUAACAAUGUACAUUAAUAAGGCAUUAUCAAGUCCUCUAGAAAGAUAAACUCAAAACAGUAAGAUUUCCCAUACAAAUUGAGACAAAACCAAUUGACUUGCGGUAAGUUUAGGUUUGCGGCCCCAGAGGGAACCAAAAAACUAAUAAAAAUACAAGAAGCAGCACGAACACGACGGCAGAUGAUAGGCAGAUGACGGCUAGUAACACUAGCUAGUAACGUAGAGUAUUGGUAUCAUCCAAAUGAUGAUUUUAUUGAAAGUUUGUUCAAAAUGUUAUGUCUGUUAGUCUAUGUGUAGCCAUACCGCGAGCAUAAAUUCGACAAAAUACACGCCAGGACCUGCUGUUAAACGGAACAUAGUUGGCUGGUUUGCGUUUGUAUAGUAUAGAGCAGUGGCCGCAAGAUUCAUCUGAGGGGGUCGCAAAGCUCUUGGUAAAUUUGACGGGUAACUAAAAGCUGUUUCCAGAUAUCGCUGUGAAAGCAGAUUUUUAACUCUUCUGCGUAUAAGGACCAAGGUUUGAAACAAAUUAGACUUGAAAAACGAUAUGAGACUGGAAAACGCACCAUCAUAUUGCAAAACCCGUCUCUAAAAUUCUUUUGGAGGGCCACGAAACUUUCUGUGUGCGGAGCUCUUUUUGUUUAGCAAAAGGUGCCGCGGAGCCAAAAAGGUUGGGAACCACUGGUAUAGAGCAUUCUCUUUGUUCCUUGCGGUCACACGAAGAAACAAAAUUAGGGGCCAUCCAUAUACCACGUAGAAGGAUUUUAAACGAUUUUCACCCCUCCCCUCCCCCGCGUAGUUUGUUGAACAUAAUAUAUAAGAGAAAUUUUCCACUCACACACACUAUCACUUUUGAUUGGCAAUACUCUAUAGAGAUGUGCGGAGAGAAUGUUGUGAGCCAAACGAACUGUCAGAACCUGAGCCAAAUGAACAAGAAAGGUAACACCACAUUGAGAGGUAUUGCAGUCAGGCACAAUAGAGGACGUGUUUAUUUUCAUAGGUUUUUCCUGUUCUAUUGCAAAACAAUGAUUUAUAAAUGCUUCAAAAUUGCAUCAUCACAGUGAUUUUUAUCCGGAGAUAUAUAAACCUUUUGUAUGGUUAACAAAAUAAUGAUCAAUUGUAGUGAAAGUGAAUGGAAAUGAACAUGAACAACUUAGUUGUUUUUGCGAUGCACUUUAAUAUUCCCCAGUGCUUCUAUCGUCAUCACCGAUAAUAGGGCAAUCGCUCCAUUAUUCAUCUCAACAGGUUGGUGCAUCUAUAUUCAUCUUAUUUAUCCAAUUUACCGUCAAAUUUCUACAAAUUAUUGAAAGUAAAUCUAUUUGCUUCUCGAUUCUCUCAAGUGGUUUUACGUUGAUAAUAUGGUAAAAUUUGACGAUAAAUUGAUCAAAAAGGCGUGAUGAGAUGAAUAUAGGAGCGGUUACCCUACGUGUCGAAGGAAAAUUAUAUAGUAAAGUAAAUUAUUUUCAACAGUUUUUUUUUUCAACAUAACUGCACUAAAUCAUUACUGGAAAGGUUUCAAAAGGCAGUACAUGAAGGCAUAACUUGUUCUGGUUGAUAAACUUACACAAACUUAAAUGGAAAAACAUGUAUGACUUUUGUUUCUAUGGGAAAAAAUGACAACCAGAAAACGUUGAGAGCAAAAGUGGUAGAUGUCCAGUCUGAGCAUUAAGGGUGCAUUAUAGUUCGCUAAUCUGAGGACAUAGAACAUUCAGGUCUUCAGCAGAAUUGUCCAAGUGAUUGAGUAAAUGAUUUGUUUGUUGAGGAAUUCUGUCACUUCGUGGCGCUAGUGUAUAUGUAUUUGCUAACAGAAGAAAUUUUACAUAAAUUCAAAGGAAAACAGCCUGGUAUCUUUGGGAUUGUUAUUUGUCCGAUAAUAACAACACAAUGGACUUAGGUUCGACUUUCGGUAGACUACCGGUUGCCCUCUGGAUCCAGAAAUACCGUAGAAGAGGAAAACUGUAAAUUAAUUUGGCUAUACUGCCGGUACCCGCAUAACUGUCCCAUACUGAUUUUGGUCACUUUUGAGUUAUCAUCGGGAAUCGACUUAAUUGUUAUCAUAUUUUCUGGAAAAAAAUUGAAAUGGAUACGUUUGUAUGGAAAAACAUGGAAAAAAUACCAAGUUGUUUUUGUCCCAUAUUGAAAGUACCCGCAUUACAGUCCCACUGCAUAGUGGUACAAACUGCAAACAUAUAAUUUUGCUCUAGAUUAGUGUAUAUCGGAUAAUUUUAAGCAUAUAGAAGUAUGUCAUUUAAUUAACUAGACUAAUGUUGUUGUUCUGUAGUACAAUCUACGUUGCCAAUGAUACUGCGGUUGCUAGUUGAAAUUAUAUGUGAUGGGACAAAAUAUGCGAGUACUUUUGAAAUUUACCCGCAUAUUUUGUCCCAUUUUGUCUUUUUUUCAAGUUAUAUAACGUGAAACCAAUUCCAUCCAUGUUUUGUUUGUUCUCAACGAUAAACUUGUGGUGCCAUGAAACUGUUAUGGUUAUUGGUUCUGGAUGUAAUUGCUUGAAAUCCGAAAAUUCACGGAUAAUAUUAAAUCGCCGUUUUCUCAACAUGUUGUUUUUCAUUAUGCUACAGUUAUCCGGGUAUCGGCAGUAUAACUCUGGUAUAGCUUAUCUUAUCUUGGCUUUUCUUUGAAAUUAUGGUAUAUCAUUGCGUUCUGCAUUAAUUUAUUCAAAAAACCCAAAAAGUGGAAAAGAUGGCACAUGUACCACUUUUGCUCUCAACGGCUCAUAUGUAUGUAUGAAUAUAUGCAUGAAUGUAUCCGAGUCUUUUGUUUCUAUGUUUGUAUGAAUAUAUGCAUGAAUGUAUCCGAGUCUUCUGUUUCUAUGCCACAGAAGCGAGAUAUAUCAGUUCGAAACUUUUACAUAAAUUUUAAGUAAUAACAACGGUUUGAACAAAGCCGUUGGACCAGAUCUUUUUUCAAAAGUUCCAGUGUUUUACUAGUCAUAGAAACGUUCGGUAUGAUAAACCGCUUUAACUGCUUACCAGUGGAAUUAUUUAUUCAGUUGGGCUUUCCCUUAAUAGGUUCCAUGCUUUUGAGUUUUAAGUUAAGUCAAAGAAAGGAUCUGAUCCUAUUAACUAAUGAGGCGAUACACGUCUUGUAAGCUCAUCGCAUAAAUAUAUUUAUGUAUAUGGGUCAUUGCAACCAAGCAGAUGCAGAAGUCGAAACCAAGCAGUUGCAAAAAAUUGAUAUUGAAAAAUCCGAAGUUUCUAGAAAACAUCAUAUCUCAGAGAAACGUAAGAGCUUCAAGAACCGUUAAGUAUGCCAUGAGAAAUCAUUACUUAGGAUUUGAAGAUUGCUGUUUUCGUUUCGAAAUCGUUUUAAUGAGAUACAGGGUGAGAACGGUUUAAUUAGUGGCGCCUGUUUUAAUCAGCCAAAAAAAACGGGUCUCAUACUAUUGAUUUUUUUAUCAAUACCGACUAUUCCAAUGACAAAAUCGAAAACUCUGAUUAUCUAGCUACCUUACGAAAGUUCAAAAUCCCGUUCAUCGCAGAGAAAACUCUAAACAAAUAUCAAUCGAAUAAAAUCAACCUAAUUUUCACCAUUCAAGUGCUGAACAGAUGUGAACUGCUUAAAAUAAAUUUGGGAUGAUUGCAAUUGAAUCUAUUCCAAUUGGGAAUUUCGAUUGAUUGUUGUUAACCGUUAUGAGCUCUACAAAAAGAAACACCCUUACUUGACAGACGGGGUACCCAAGUACCCACAAAUAGAAAUUCUUGUAACUAUUGGAAUUUUCAUCCGAUCUCCACAGUUUUAGCAUCAAAAUACUCAAUAACUACUCUAGUUUGAAAUCAGUCUCAGUGAUGCCCCGAAAGAAUUUCCUUACUCUCGAAAAUCCGGUACCCAUAUUGGAUAUUAUUCGGUUCUCUUCCAGAAACCGGAAGUCGCUAUUAUGGAAUCCAAAAUGGCAUUGGGGCUCGUUUUUUUGGUCUCUAGGUAUCAUCGCAGUUCUGUAUUAAACCAUAUUGUAUGGUAUUCGAUCUUGUAUUAUUUGAUUGUUUCAACAACAAUAUCGCACGCUUAGCGGUCUCGAUCAACUAGAUAAGUUGAGAGAAUUCGUUAUCGAUAUUGUUUUUGGCACAUUUUGCAUGUGUAGGAUAAGUACAACGAUACACCUUGCCUCAGUGCUGAGUCGAGAAAAUUUCCAGCUCAAAAAGAUCAUCGAUUCGAUCGGGAAUCGAACUCGAUAUCACAACCGUGUGGAAGAGCUAACCGACUGACAUCGCUAACCACAGUGCCACGGGGACAACUGUUUGAUUGUUUUAAUGGCCACUAAAAAGCUCCGGUGGAAUCUGUUCUGGAAGGAUCUUUUUGAGGGCAUGUCACCAUAACACUCGAAAACAUAAAAAUGGCCUGUGGAAGUAAUCAAAUGAACUCUGAACCAACUAUUGUAAGAUUCUGCUAAAAUAUUACUCGGUUGAUGAAAAUUCACUACUGGCAUUGAUUUUAAAGUACCUAGAGUAAUCACUGAAUCUUUUGGUGCUAAAACUAUCGAAAUCGAAAAUUGGGUAAGGAGUAAAAUAAAUCAAUUACUCCACCUUGUUACUAUAUAAAAACUAAUAUUAUCAAAAAUUGCUUCUUAAUGUGUUUUGAGAUGUCACUGAUUUUUAUAACUUUUCAUUGAAAUCGUAGUUCACCAAUUUCGUCUAAUGAGUAAAAUUAAAAAGUACCCGAGUAUCCCGUCGAGUACAUCACGGUGAAAGUUUGCAAAAUCAGUUUUAUAAUCUGAAAACAAGUGCUGACAAGAAAAAAGAUAGUAAACAAGUUGAUAUAUUACUGUUUGUGUUUCACUUUAUAUAUUUCGUGUAUUUUGUUUAUACUGCUACAAAGGCUGCUUAGAAUAGGUUUCCUACCCUAUUACAUUGUUUGGCAUGUAGUAAAAAUUCAACAAACCAAUUACCUUAGCCGUUGAAUGUUUCUGCAACAACGCAUAUUUCAUUUUUCAUGGAUACGCUCAGUUCUACAAUUUACUGAAUUUCGCUCAGUAAUUUUAUUUUUGCUGUAAACCAGUAUUUCAUUGUUAAAUUAACUGAAAACCACUAAUCGAUUCAGUGAUUCGCGAAAAUACAGCAAAACUAUUUGCUGAAUCUAGCAAAAGAAUUGAUAUGCCAAAAAAUUUUACGUUUAGCUGUCAUUAGUAAAACGCGCCAAAUCACUGUGCAGAUGGUACGGGAUCAUCGCUCCUGAUAGCGGAUAUGGGACCAUAGCUAAUACCCCGUUCACACUACACCGCAUAUCACCUGAUAUCAGGAGAUUCGUGCUAUCGAGGUCAUAUCACCAUCCCUAUUACCUGAUAUCCUAUACAAUCCAACUGUCAACGGAUAUCACCUCGACUACAUGCUAUCGCGGAUAUUAUAUUCGAAAACCAAUAAUAACCACAUUUCCAGCAGUUGGCAACAUGGCCAACAGACAUUUGACGCAACCCUAUAAAUUUCAAAUUCGUGCUGCAUGCGAGAAAAAAGGAAGGAAAUAUUUUUGCUAUUUUCAUCCCGCACAUUUUGACAAUUGCAUUUGAGAGUUUGCGUUGGUGCGAGCCAACUAGCUGACAUCUCUAUCCUAAUCCCAUUGCUCUUGUUUAAGCUUUGACCUGUUAUUGUUUUCUUCUCUUUUCAAUUACCAAAGCAAAUGUCAAAUCAUACAUAUCAGCUCACUGUAGUGUGAACACUCGAAGUGAUAUCGAUAUCAUCUGGUGAUAUCAGGUGAUAUCCGGCGUAGUCUGAACAAGGCAUAAGUAACUGUUGGGCUAGAUGAACCUAAAAGUUGAAAUGAUAAUCAUACAACUCUGGUUCAACAGUAAUUUGGCAGAUGGGCGGAUGGAGACUGGUGGCUGAGGGAAACAUGGUUCCUUGAACUAACUGGUUAACCAGCAAAUUGAUUUAUGCUUUGCUGAAUGUACUGCAAAUUGUCAUAGCUGACAACCAGCAAGCUGUAUUUUGUUUUACUAAACAUGCAGCAAACGAUCUGUCACUUUUAUGCAAUUGAGCAUUACUGAAUAAUCAUCAAAUUUCAUUUUACUGAACAGAUUGCUGGAAACACAGCACACCAAAAUUCAGCAAAAUUUUGCUGGUUUCCAGCAAUGAAAAUUUGGUGUGUAGGAUCGUAGCACUUGGCUCACAAUUGUCCUGUACACUAAACAAUUGGCUGCGAAGUCUGUGUAUAAUAAACAGAAGGUCGAGUUCCGAAUCGGAAUGUAGCACCAAGGCUUUGCUUUAUGAAGCAUCCUGCGUAUUAAGACGAAAUACUCAAAAUGUGUAAAAAGAAAUACAAACAUAAGCAUAUCAAUUUGUUUCCACCUUUCCUUCUGUCAGUACUUGCUUUCAGAUUGUAAAACUUACUUAGCAAAUUUUAACUGUAAUUAUUUAGAGUUUUCGUUCGAGGGUCACUAUUCGAAUAUAGGCCAGUCCCAGUGAUUUUUGCAUGUCAAGUAAGUCUAACAUAAUUCACUUCAGCAUCAACAGCUUUAGAUAUGGAGAUCUUGUAUGCUAAACUCACUGAAUUCAAAGUUCUCUUUAAUCUCAACUCAUUUACCUACUUUUAUGUCGACAGAUCAUUGAGAUCCUACGCCGGAUUCCAGAAUACGCCUCGGCACAGGAUCCCAACUAUUUGUGUAUUAUUUUUUCGAGGUAUGUUACCGGUACCGAUGUAUUGUGGAAACUGUAAAAAUAAACUAAAUGUUAUUUUAUCAAAACAAUUGCGAAACCUACUGUUAUAUCUAAUUGAUCCAUCCAUCAAUGGCAAAAAUCUGCGAUCGUUGUUAUGAAAAUUUGUUAGAACUCGAUGUCACGAACAAGCUCGAUAAAAAUACUAUUUCAGCAUGAAUAGAUUAAAUGCAUACUCAAUUGAAACUACUAAAAACUGAAGCAAUUGUUUAUUUGCUAAAAUGAUGUUUCAAAGCACAAAAACUUUCGUUGUUGAACAUCUUUUCGAUUUGUUAAGCCUAACAAAGGAAUGUGAAAGUAUACUAAAUUUAUAUGCUUCACUUAAUUUUUGAGUAUCGUUUUUAUUUUUCAAUAAGCAUAUACAUUAUUAUGGUGACAGCAACUGAGAACCUAUUGUUUUGACAUACCCCAAAAUAUUUGUAUACACCUACCACCACCUACCGAAUACUUUCUGUUUCUGAAUGCAUGUGUAAUUAAACUACAACUAAUGAUACAUUACUCUAAGAAAGUUGAGUUUUUGUGGUUAAUAACAGAUGUAUGUACAAAUGUAUAUACUAAAAAUACAAUUAACUUGGUGGAUAACUAAAUGAGUCUAAUUCAAAAUGAAUCAAUGAUAGAAUAAACUAUAUAAUUAUUAAUGCCUGUCAUCAAAAUAUGAUGUUAGCAAAAUUAGUUUCGUCACAUUGACGAUUUUAUUAUAGUAGUGGAAAAAAUCAAAAAGAGAUUUAGAAAACAAGCGAAAUGUGUAAGAAGUAUUAGUUAGCAAAAUAAAAAUUAUUUAUAAAUGUUAAAUAAGAACGAAUGUUUUGGAUACAACUUUAAAACACAAUUACAAUGAAUGUUUGGCUGGUACAAAACAGUUAUGCACUCAAGGAUCUAGUAACAGCCACGUUUAUAUAAAUGUCUGUAAUAUGUAAGAGCAUAGGAGCAUAUGUGUAGAAUAUUUUUUAUCAAAUUCGUUUAGUAUGUUGAAUUCCAAAACUGGACUAUUAUUAAGUAUACAAAACAAUGGAAUAAAAAAACACGCUAUGCAUUAUA